GUUCCUGUCAAAGUGUUCUUUCGAGUGCACCAAACGCUUGCACAAUAUGAAUCAUGCUUUAAUACAUCAUACCAAGAAUCUCCUGCGAUUGCGUUACUAUAAUGGCUGUCGUUUAUCCGCCUGCCAUUCUGCACGAUAUUUGUCGACCUCGAUGCGUUGCGGUCGAUCAGCGGCUGUCACGUCCGUGGAAUAUGCGAGCCGCAGUCAAAAAACAGCGCCCAUCACCAGCAAAAAGAAUCUCGCUGAAUCAGCUCGCCUAAAGGCUACUAUUAUGGAAACCCUGUACAAGAACAAACAACGACCGAUACCAACCGCAAACAACAAUGUCAUUCUGACCAAUUGUCCUCACUGUCUCAACAUUCGCAAAAACAGCUUCGCAGCCUAUAUCGAUCUAAGCAACGGUACCUACAACUGUAAAACCUGCAACAGCCACGGACGAUGGCAUGAAUAUGCGAAAACGCUUCAGCAAAAAGUGGGUCAGCAGCGAGAUCGCGGUUUUCAGGUCGUAUCGACGUCCGAUUUAUUGAAAGCCGGGGAGCCCCAUUUCUCUCGACCGAUCAAAGAAAUCCACGAAUACCCAAAUAGACUUUUGCAAGAUCCCCAAUUGAUGAAUCAAUUACGAGAAAAGCACGCGAUUCAUGAUGACGUCUGGCGGCUCUACGGUGUUGGUCUUGCCGACUAUGUCGAUCCGAACGCUCGUUUGCAAGCGAUGAAAGAAGGCAGAACGGUGGAACCCAAAUUAUGUCUCACUUAUCCACAAACGACCGUUGCGUGUUCGUUUGAUGGAGAAAAUGAUACCGAUGUUCAGUUUCGGAUAGAUACAGUACGCGUGAGGGCCAGUCCGGUGGAGAGUGCAGUAGACCAGGUCACGUUUGACCCGCCCGUCGUCAAUCAAGCUGGAUCUGCCGGCUUAUUUGGUUAUCACAUGGCCACCUCGGAUACAGAUACCGUGAUUCUCACCCGACGCGAAUUGGACGCCAUGGCAGCGUACCAGUCCACCGGUAUACCCGCUUUUGCCUUACCAACCAUGACCUAUCAACUCCAAGAGUCGACCUUGCCUCUUCUUGAACGAUUCUCCAAGGUGUACGUUUGGUUGGAUGAUGACGUGGAUGGCCAAUUAGCGUCGGAAAGGUUCGCUCAUAAACUGGGUGAAAGUCGGUGCAUGAUUGUGAACACGCGGCAAGGCGCUCAGCAGGGCGCAGUUAACAUUCACGGAGCGUUAUUGGAAGGCAAAAAUUUAAACGAAAUUCUUCAUUCGGCUCGACGCAUCAAGCAUGACCAGAUUGUCGAUUUUGGUGACCUUCGGGAAGAAGUGUAUCGGGAAAUCCUGAAUCCCGAGCAAACCAAAGGCGUGCAAUCCACCGAUUUACCUGCACUCAACAAGGUUUUAAAAGGCCAUCGCCCAGGUGAACUGACCAUUUUGACGGGUCCGACAGGUGCAGGCAAGACGACGAUCAUCAGUCAAAUCAGCUUGGAUUACUGCAAAAGUGGUGUAGCGACGUUGUGGGGAUCUUUUGAAAUCAUGAACAAACGACUCGCCAAGAAGAUGCUGUAUCAAUUUGCUGGCAAAGAUCUCAGUUUGGCACCACAAGAAAUCGAUGUAUGGGCCGAUCAAUUUGAACAGCUUCCCCUUUACUUUUUGAAAUUCUUCAGUAGUACAGCGAUCAAGGAUGUACUGAAAGCGUGUAGCCAUGCGGUCUAUGCCUAUGAUGUACGGCAUAUCAUUCUUGAUAACCUUCAGUUCAUGUUGUCACAGCAAGGACGGUCCAGUUUGGAUCGAUGGGAAUUACAGGAUGAAGCGAUAGCGGAGCUUCGUAAGUUUGCGACAAAUCAAGACGUUCACAUCACGCUUGUGGUGCAUCCGCGCAAAGAUCCUGGCGAACAGCUGGAAAUCAAUUCGGUAUUUGGCAGUGCCAAAGUGACUCAAGAAGCGGACAAUGUCAUCAUUAUUCAAAAGCAAAACGAUAUGGGCGAUGACGUCCGGUACUUGGAAGUGAAGAAGAAUAGAUUUGAUGGUACAUUGGGCUCCAUACCUUACAAAUUCAUGCCGGAAUCUUUAAAGAUUCGAGCGUACAAUGAGGAAGAACUCAAACAACUUCAAAAGAAAAUGGAGCGCCCAUCUUCAAGAUUUUCUCACUCCACAUCCCAACGGAUAGGACGACCCAGAUAUUAAGAAUAACCCGCAUGGCCUACCAUUUAUGAAUAAUAUUAUGAAUCGGGUUUUCAAGUCUCAGGUAUACGUUGCGCCAUAAACAUAAUUGCACCCCCGUCAUUGUUAAUGUCCUUGGAACUUUUUCAUAUGAAUGUAACCAUACAACAAAAAUGUUAUUCGUCUCCCGACUGUGGGGAUUCCAAGUCAGUUUUUCAUUGGUGAUUCGUGACUGCAGUUCGAUGAACAAAUCAGAUGCGAG